AUGUGUUUCAGUGCUUGUCGAGGAGGGAUUGUUACAAGAUAGGGAUCAGUCUGGUCGUAUGUUCGACUCUCCGAUGAAGCAAGCGUUAUCUGUAACGGAAGCUUUCCAUCCCAUACAGCUCUCUGGAUGCUGCUAAGAGAGGCUUGAUUUUCCAUCCUCGGCAAAGGAUGUCCUCAUCCGUCCUACGACAAGUCAGCAUGGAGGGUGAUACAUUUGAGAGCGCGCGGAUGGUACCAAGUUUGCAACACCUAGUAAUAGACAAACACUGCUUUAUCGAAGACAACGUAGAUCGAUUUGGUCUACAUAUACUUCUAGCAUUGAGAGAUGAAAGCACAGCCCCGCAGCAAGAACAGAACCAUUAUUGACGGCGUUCGAUGAGUUGCGGUUUUCAUAGCAUCGUCAUCCAGCCAAGAGUUUGUCCCAAGAUAAAUAUAAAGCUGAAAAGCCGGGGACUAGCAGACAUGAUAUGACUGCAAGAGUGAUGGAGAUGAUGUUGUUUGGCAGAUACCUGGCAUAUCAUGAGCCAGGGAUCAAAACUAUUCUGAUCCAAACUAGCUUUCUGCUUGCCCUCAACUGGAUGAAUGCUCUACUUGAUAAGCUGAUCUAUUGCGGGCUUAUUGGGCAGCUUCUGAUUGGGAUGGCAUGGGGAGUCCCCGGAGCCAACUGGCUAGAACUAGACGUUCAGAAAACCAUUCAGCAGCUGGGAUAUCUCGGGUUGCUUCUUUUGGUGUACGAGGGCGGGCUUUCAACAUCAUUCUCCCAAUUGAAAUCAAACUUCGCUCUGUCCUCCGUGGUGGCGAUGACCGGAAUAGGGGUGCCUAUGGCUUUAUCCUUUGUCCUGGUGAGCCUGCUAUCAGCGGCUCCUCUGCAAGCAUUUGCCGCCGGUGCAUCCCUCUGCUCAACUAGUAUCGGAACGACAUUCACCAUCCUGUCCACGACGGGAUUGGCAAAGACCCGGUUGGGUGUUGUCCUCGGCAGCCCAGCGAUGAUGGAUGAUGUCGCAGGCUUGGUGAUGGUUCAAAUCAUCCCGAAUCUGGGUGGUGCGAAUCAGGAAUCGUGCUUCGAUCCGGUGGUCUUGAUCAGACCCAUCCUUGUUGCCUUGGGGUUUGUGUUGGGGCUUCUUCUCAUUUGUCGGUUUGUCGUUGCGGUGUUCGUGCGCAAACUUCAUGCGCACGAGAUUCGGGUCCCUGGUUGGAUGAGGUCACUGAAUGUCGCAUUUGUUGUCCACAUGCUCUAUCUCAUUGGACUGCAGCCAAAGACCGAAAUCCCAGCCAAUGACCAGCGUGGACAUCGACCGGGGAGCAUUGAAAUGCAAAAUCGUCUGACUCGUGACGCAAAUCAUACACAAAGAAGCCACAGAGAAGCGGAGUUUACCGCCCAUACGGAAAGGACUAUGCAUUCCGAGCGACUAACUGGAGAACUUACGUUGGAAACUUUCUGCAAAGAGCCUCUCAAGCGGAUUUUGAGCCCACUGGCUUUUGUUUCGAUAGGGUUCUCCAUCCUAAGCGCGAAAAUGUUUGAAGGGAGGGUAGUAUUGCGAGGCGUUGUCUCCACUCUUCUGAUGGCCUUUGGCAAGCUAGUGACCGGAUUGUGGCUGAUUCGGCUGAGUUUAACUGGGUCAAAGCCGUUGAAUAAGGCGAAGAGGAUUCUACUGGGGUUUGCCACGGUGAGCGCGGCCAAGUCAUGCAAGACCCGCUCUCUGUUGGACAGUGACUCCUCACGUGCCUCAGCGCAAGGAGAGAUACAAAGAGAUGGACCAAAGAGAGAAGAAAGUCAACUUCCUGAAUCAGACUCGUGCAGGCAGGACUCUCAACUCCCAACGGCAACAGCGGGAACUGACUCGCCACAAGAAGGGCUUUGUCCUCCUGUGGCACGAAUCAGCAGCCCACAGCUUACCACCAAGCGCCGCUCGUUGUAUCCGGCGUCGAUUUUGGGUUUGGCUAUGGUGGCGCGAGGCGAGAUUGGCUACCUCAUCGCAUCGCUGGCCGAGGCGGAUGGGAUCUUCUCCCCUCAUUCGUCCUCAUCUCCCGCAACCAGUAGCCAAGAGGUAGACUCUGAGAUCUAUCUGGUAGUCAUCUGGACAAUCACCCUCUGCACUUUCAUUGGGCCCCUUUGUGUCUGGCUUCUAGUGAAGAGGGUGAAAACCCUCCAGAGUCUUCGAACCCGUUCUGCCGGCGAAGACCCUCUAGGCGUGUGGAGCUCUAUCCUGGAAAGGCAAGGAGUAACAGGAUACGAGCUGAAAAAGGAAAGGUUGUGA